UCAAAGGUCUCCUUGUUUCCAGGAGGGGGGAAAAUGGCAACUUUCAAUGAAAAGAAAACCUGCAGUCAAAGAAUGGAAAAUUUCCAGCGUUUUGUGUGGAACCCAGACACAGGACAAUUAAUGGGAAGAACCUUGAUUAACUGGGUAUGGAUCAGCCUCUACUAUGUUGCUUUCUAUGUGGUGGUGACUGGGCUGUUUGUACUUUCCAUAUAUUCUUUAAUGAAGACGCUCAAUCCAUACACACCAGAUUAUCAAGAUCGAUUAAAAUCACCAGGGGUGACGUUACGACCAGAUAAGUAUGGAGAGAAAGGAUUGGAAAUUUAUUACAGCCUCUCUGCCAAUAACUCCUGGGACGGUUUCGUGACGUCUCUUGAAAGCUUUCUUGCAGCAUACAAUGAAAGUAAACAACAUUACAACAAAGACUGUACUAACGAAAAAUACUUCAUCCAGGACUCAUUCGACGGUCCAAAUCACACAAAAAUUUCUUGCAGAUUUACCCGAGAGAUGCUUGGAAACUGCUCAGGUCUGGAGGAUCCCACUUUUGGAUUUUCAGAAGGAAAGCCAUGUUUAAUUAUAAAAAUGAACAGAAUUAUCAAAUUUCGUCCUGGCAAAGGCACUGCACCAAGAGUGAAUUGCACAACUCUAGAAGAUAAUAGGCCAGUGGAUGCUCAAUAUUAUCCUGCAAAUGGUACCUUUAGCCUUCACUACUUCCCUUAUUAUGGAUGUAAAGCACAGCCUACCUAUGUAAAUCCUUUGGUAGCUGUGAAACUUCUCAACAUUUCAUUGAACAAAGAAGUAGCCAUUGUAUGCAGAGUUAUUGGUGCUGGAAUUACUGCUGGGAAUCCUCACGACCCAUAUGAAGGAAAAGUGGAAUUCAAAGUUAGGAUAAAAAAAUAAACAACAGCAACAUUAAUGACUUGAGAGUUCAUAAAACACUGCAGGGUAAUGUUUAUGUAUCAUGUAAUUUUUUGUUGAGUGUAGUUUCCAUUUAAAAAAAAUAUGUUUGACAUUUAUCACUCGUAUUAGUAUUUUUCAAGUUGUUAAUACAAUUUCUUCACUUUUAAAAAUAUAAAGAAUCAUAUUAUCUUACUAAACAGGGCAAUUUUUUAAAAAAUAAACAUUAUGUAAUUUCAUUAGAAGCGUUUUAACCAAUAUUGUGUAUUUUUCAAAAUAUUAAAAUGAAAUAAUGUCUUAUGUUGUAAUGCUCAUCCAGUAUGUUUGGCAUAGAGAGAACUUUGGGCAUGUGAGAUAUUCUUGCCUAUUAAAGGUUUGAACAGCAAA